AUGACUUUCUGGUAUGGUAACCCAGCAUGGAUUCCUACAGGAUUUCAAGUGCCUCCACACUUGAUGCAAAACGGACCCAUGUGGCAAAAUCAAGCCAUUCAAACCUAUUACAUGUUCGAUAAAGAUCGCAACGGAGUUUUAAAGAAGAAGGAAUUCAAGAAGGCUUUGACUCAUAUGGGAGUUCACAAGCAUGAGGCUAAGCAUCUUUUCAAAAUGAUGGAUCGUGAUAGAAAUGGUGUCAUUACUAUGGAUGAAUUUAUCAAUGCCUACUUGUUCAUCAUGGCAGGUGGGAUGAGAUAUCAUGGAACUGGCUACUCUGGUACCUUCUCCACUCUCGGUCAAACAACCACUACCACCACAACCACAGUCAUUGGUGGAUCUCAACCAGUUUAUCCUCCAACUACUGGUUAUCCUCCACAAACCGGAUAUCCAGUACAAACUGGUUAUCCACAAACUGGCUAUCCACCACAAACAGGUUACCCACCUCAAACUGGAUAUCCACCUCAAACAGGUUACAUGCCACAACAACCUUAUGGAACUAAUCCUUAUGUUCCUCAAACCGGUUAUCCACCACAAACUGGAUAUCCUCCACAAGGUGGCUAUCCUCCACAACCUUAUCAAUAA